CUGCGGGGGCCUCGGAGCAAGAUGGCGGCAGCGGGGUCCGUGAGGCGCGGGCGGCGGCGACCGCGGCGCCAGUGAGCGGCCCGGGGGCCCGGGCGGCUCCGGGCCGGGGUCCCGCUUCGGGACGGACCAUGCUACGCUCCACCGGUUUCUUCCGGGCCAUCGACUGCCCCUACUGGGCUGGGGCGCCCGGGGGGCCCUGCCGGCGGCCCUACUGCCACUUCCGGCACCGCGGGGCCCGGGGCCCCGGCGCGCUGGUCGGCGGUGGAGCGGCGCCCCCCGCGGCAGGGCUUGGAUAUGACCCGUACAACCCCGAGCUGCCCAAGCCCCCCGUGCAGAGGGAGAAUGGCGCCCUGGGCAGCGGCGGGGAGCCCCGCUCGGACAUCCUGGAGCUGGAGCUGGUCAACCAGGCCAUCGAGGCGGUGCGCUCGGAGGUAGAGCUGGAGCAGCGGCGGUACCAGGAGCUCCUGGAGACGGCCCGCGAGCACCGCUCGGCCGAGGCCCCUGCCGUGGCGCCCCGAGGCCCCGCCGCUAGUCCCGCCGCGGGCCUGGACGAGGACGCCUUCCCGCUGUCCUUCGAUUACAACCCUGGCGGCCGCCCGGGCCUGUUAAGCCCCGAUGCCGGCUACCAGCCCACUCCCCUGGCCACCGCCGCCGAGGCGGCCGGCAAGUACUCGCUGGCUGUGGAUCGCGCUCAGGGCCACGGCGGAGGGGCUGGCGGUGCCUUGGAGUACGUGCCCAAGGCUGUGAGCCAGCCGCAGCGGUACAGCCGCCCCGUCCCCAGCGGCAAGUACGUGGUGGAUGACUCCAAGCCGUCCACGGACCUGGAGUAUGACCCUCUGUCCAACUUCUCAGCCCGGCUGCUCAGCAGGGCCAGCUCCAAAGAUGACCGGGCCCCCAAGCGGCCCCGGGGCUCCCGGGGUAGCGAGCCCUACACGCCCGCCCUCAAGAAGCCCUGCGACCCCUUUGCUGGCUGCGACGCCAGGUUCUCAGACUCGGAUGAUGACGCCGCCGCUCCGGGUGAUGGGCCGGUCACCACGAGCCCCCCGCGAGCCCAGGCGGUCCCCGAGGGCAAGGCCCCCGGGAAGCCAGCCUCCAGGGAGGGCCAGGAGACCGAGGAGGGCAGCCUGCGCGAGACCAAGGAGAUGGCCGUGCAGUAUGACGUCGAGGACCUCGGGCAGCCCCCCAAGGGUCCCGGUGGGGAGCCCGGGGCCAAGCCUGGGUCCCCGGCCAGGGUCUCGCAGGACCCCAGCGGCCCCAAGGAGGGGAGACCCAAGAAGAAGAGAGGCGGGGCCCUGCCCGCCCCUGGCCGCAAGGACGGUGUCCGGAGGAAGGACCGGGGUAAAGACGGAGAGCAGGGGCGGCCUGCCGGGAAACCCUGUGCAGACCGGCGGGGCGCGCGGGCCGGCAGCCCCCGGCACAGGGCCAAGCAGCCCGAAGGGACCAAGAAAAAGCCAUCUUCGGCCACCCCGGUGGCCAGCUCAGGGAACAGCCGGCCCGACCGCGGGGGUGCCCACCAGCUGCCAAGCAGGACGGGCGGGAAGACGCCGCCGGGGAAGCUGGCCGAGCGGAAGGCCCGCUCGCUGGACGAGGGUGCCUCCCGGGACGCCCCUAAGCUGCAGAAGCGGGCGCUGAGCCACGCGGACCUCUUUGGGGACGAGAGUGAGGAUGAGGGCCUGGGCCCGGGGCCCGCGGCACCCCCUGCCCUGCCCUGCCUCAGCUCCAGCUCGGACUCGGACUCGGACUCGGACUCGGACUCGGACUCGGACCGCAGCCUGGGCUGCUCCCCCGCUCAGGGGCCGCGCAAGCGCCUCAAGGCCCCGCAGCCCCCCUGUCCUGCCCCCGCCCCUGCCCCCACCUCCCCCUCCCCCUCCUCCUCCUCCUCCUCAGGGGCCGGCGGGGAUGUGGACUACUCAGCUUUGGAGAAGGAGGUCGACUUUGACUCCGACCCCCUGGAGGAGUGUCUGCGCAUCUUCAACGAAUCCACCAGUGUCAAGACAGAGGACAGAGGCCGGCGGGCCCGGCAGCCUCCCAAGGAAGAGAAGGCCGAAGCCCAGGGGCAUUCGGGCCUCACCACUCUGUUCCCGGGGCAGAAGCGGAGGAUUUCUCAUCUCUCCAAGCAAGGCAGGGAGGCAGAGCCCGGGAGGAGAGGCCCAGCGCCCCCUGCCCGGCCUCCCACCGCCCAGGAGGUGUGCUACCGGCGGGCCCAGCAGGCCCAGAGGGACUCCGCCGCCUGGCUCCAGGCCACCCAGCAGCCGGCCGAGAAGCCGUCGUCCUCCGUCCACAUCUCGGCCCCCGGCGAGAAGAGGAGGAUCGCCCACGUCCCCAACCCCCGCCUGGCUGCAGCCCCCACAGGUGCCAAGAGGACCCUCGCCGCCAGCAGCGGCCAGCCUCCCAAUGGCCCCGAACCGGGCGGCCAGCCCCUGAAGGCGCGCACGCUGUCCGGCAUGGCGUCCAAGACCACCGCCACCGUCACCCCCAAGCGUGUUGCCCACAGCCCGUCUUUACAGAGUUUAAAGAAGCCCAUUAUCCCAAAAGAGUGGGGCAAGGUCCCCACCGUCAUCCGCCAGCGGUAUCUCAACCUGUUUAUUGAGGAGUGUCUCAAAUUCUGCUCUUCAAACCAGGAAGCCGUUAGAGAAGGUGCGCUGAACGAGGAGAAGGUGGCCUACGACCGCAGCCCCAGCAAGAACAUCUAUCUGAACGUAGCUGUGAAUACCCUCAAGAAGCUCCGGGGCCUGGUCCCCAGCUCCACACCUGGUCUCAACAAAACCAGCGGCCGGAGGGUUGUGUCCCACGAGAUGGUGCUGGGGGGCAAGUUGGCCACCAAAACCAGCUUCUCACUCAGCCGCCCGAGCAGCCCCCGGGUGGAGGAUCUGAAAGGGGCCGCCCUGUAUGGCCGCCUCAAGGAAUACCUGCUCACCGAGGACCAGCUCAAGGAGAACGGCUACCCCUUCCCUCACCCCGAGCGGCCGGGGGGCGCAGUCAUCUUCACGGCCGAGGACAAGAAGCCCAAGGACUCCGCCUGUAGAAUCUGCUGCCGCUGUGGCACCGAGUACCUCGUGUCCUCAUCCGGCCGCUGCGUGCGCGAAGAGGAGUGUUACUACCACUGGGGGCGGCUCCGCCGGAACCGAGUGGCUGGCGGCUGGGAGACUCAGUACACGUGCUGCUCGGCUGCCAUCGGCUCUGCCGGCUGUCAGGUCGCCAAGCAACACGUGCAGGACGGCCGGAAGGAGAACCUGGAAGGCUUUGUGAAAACUUUUGACAAAGAGCUUUCGGAAGAUGCUCACCCGGGCGUUUAUGCCCUUGACUGUGAAAUGUCCUACACCACAUAUGGCCUGGAGCUGACGCGCGUCACCGUGGUGGACACAGACAUGCGGGUGGUCUACGACACCUUUGUCAAGCCGGACAACGAGAUCGUCGACUACAACACCAGGUUUUCAGGGGUCACCGAGGCUGACCUCGUGGACACGAGCAUCUCGCUCCGGGAUGUCCAGGCCGUCCUGCUGAGCAUGUUCAGCGCUGACACCGUCCUCAUCGGACACAGCCUGGAGAGCGACCUGCUGGCCUUGAAGGUCAUUCACAGCACCGUGGUGGACACGGCCGUGCUCUUCCCGCACCGCCUGGGCCUCCCCUACAAGCGCUCCCUGCGGAACCUCAUGGCUGACUACCUCAGACGGAUCAUCCAGGACAACGUGGACGGGCACAGCUCCAGCGAGGACGCCAGCGCCUGCAUGCACCUGGUGAUCUGGAAGAUCCGAGAAGACGCCAAGACCAAGCGGUGACCGCCGCCUGCCCGCCUCUCCCGCAGCCCCGGCCCGGCCUCUACCCCAGGCCUCUUCCAAAACAGUGCAAUAAAUCUCGAGAGCUAACCCUGUCCACGUCGCCGAGACAUGGAAACAGAGAGAGCGGGACGAGCCGGCGGCACCAGAGCCCCAAGCCGAGACCACCUGGAGCCCUGACACCCCCCCCCCCCCCACCUCCCGACCUGGCCCCCUUGCGCCGCCCCCGCCUCUCCCCCCACCCCCCCCAAACUCUGUCCUCCGGAGACUGCUGCUCAUUCCCAGACGGGACCGGGACAGACCCCACCCGGCACCCAGAGGGCCCUGCGGAGUCCCUGGCAGCCAGGCCUCCCGCCCCUGCCCCUUCUCCUGCCGGGCAGGCUUUUCACGGGUGUGUUUGAGACAGGGGUUGUCUUUUUUUAUUUUGUAUUGUUAUUUUUAUUACUUGUAAUUUAAACCUGGCGAUUCGCACAGUUGUCUUUCCCCACCGGAAAAGGAAGACCCUGGUGCUGCCUUCCCCGUUGGGGGCGGGGGAGCGGGGGGGGCGGGGGGGAGAAGUCGGAGGGCCGGAAGCCGGCACCUUGGCAGCCACCAGGACGGAGAGUCCAGUCUGGCCCGGGCCGAGCAGGUGGAAACUGGCCUCCCCAGACCCACCUGGACUCCGUGACCUCUGGGAACGAAGCCAGCCCCUCCGCCACCCCCCAGGGCCUCGCCUUCGGGACCCCUCCAGGGCCCACCAGCCUCUGGACCCUGUCUUCCUGCUGGAGCCCCGCCCUCCCCCCCAGGGGCUGUCUGUAAAGGCCUGCAGCCCCCCUAGGGCCCUGACCCCUGGUCCCCUGACCCGAGGCAGGAACAGAAUAAAUGUUUGUAUGGAUUUUA